AUGAAUAUUCAAGGACCUGAUCUUUCCAGAUCUGCCCCGACGAGCAGCGGACCACGAAGGAUCACAGAGGCAGGAAUGAAGACAUCUCGACAGGCAGGUGUAGAAAGCGUGAAUCCUCUGGUGACAUCACGGUCGUGGUGCGGUGACCUACCCCAAAUCGGAGUCCAUCCGUCCGGAAGAGUAUUGUCGGACAAGGACAUCCGGUACAAUGUACUCCAGUGCUGCCAACAGUCGAGUGCGGAAGUAGUCGAGGAGGAUAUCGUGACGGAAGCACGGUCACGAGCGGAAGAGGACAAGGACCAUCUGCCAACGGAUCCUGGAGGCUGUGGAUCACUCAAUAAAGGAACUCCUACUUGGUAUAGUGUUACUAAAACUAUUAUCAUCUUCAGGUUCAGGCUAUGUCUGUAUUUUGGAACUUCUUCUGUUAACACACCUGUACUGAUCCUCAAGAUCUGA